AUGAUGUGUACAGCCCUGAGCCCAAAGGUACGCAGUGGCCCAGGACUCUCAGAUAUGCAUCAGUACAGUCAGUGGCUGGCCAGCAGACAUGAAGCUAAUUUGUUGCCGAUGAAAGAAGAUCUUGCCUUGUGGUUGACAAACCUAUUAGGUAACGAGAUAACAGCAGAAACUUUUAUGGAGAAGUUGGAUAAUGGUGCCUUGCUCUGUCAGCUUGCAGAAACUGUACAAGAGAAAUUCAAAGACAACACUGAUGCUAAUAAGCCCGUUAAGUGCCUGCCCAUGAGGAAGAUUCCAUGCAAAGCCAGUGCGCCUUCAGGCUCCUUUUUUGCCAGAGACAACACAGCCAAUUUCUUAUCCUGGUGCCGAGAUGUAGGGGUGGAUGAAACGUGUCUCUUUGAGUCAGAAGGUUUGGGUAUGUAUCUUCUAAUGAAUCUGAGAUAUGGUGUGGAACCUCCUGGUUUAAUAAAGCUGGAAAAAGAGAUUGAACAGGAAGAAACACUUUCAGCCCCUUCUCCUUCUCCUUCUCCUUCAUCAACAAAGUCUUCUGGAAAAAAGAGUACAGGAAACUUAUUGGAUGAUGCUGUGAAACAUAUUUCAGAAGAUCCGCCUUGCAAAUGCCCAACCAAGUUCUGUGUGGAGCGUCUCUCACAAGGAAGAUACAGAGUUGGAGAAAAGAUCCUUUUCAUUAGGAUGCUGCACAACAAGCACGUCAUGGUCCGUGUGGGAGGAGGAUGGGAAACUUUUGCUGGCUAUUUGCUGAAACACGACCCGUGCCGCAUGCUCCAGAUCUCCCGUGUGGAUGGCAAGACCUCCCCCAUCCAGAGCAAAUCACCCACCCUUAAGGACAUGAAUCCAGAUAAUUACCUGGUGGUCUCUGCCCAUUACAAGGCCAAGAAGGAGAUUAAAUGAACGUAGCUCAUUGCCACGAGGGGACUUUCACAGAGGCCCACAUCCACUUGCUUCUCCAGUGUAGUCAGUGUAGUCCAUGUGCCUUGAAAGGACUUCGGGAAAUGGAACAAACCCAGGCAGACAAUGGCAGUAUGCUUGAAGGAUCAUUAAAUGGUAGCCCUAUUUAUUUCUAAAGCUUUCGUAGAAGAUGACCUCUUAGGUGAAAUGCUAAUAUCAAAUAUGCUAGCCAAGUUUUAGACGAAUCAUUACUCCUCAAUAUGUGAACAUUAUGUUUAGAAUGUUUUUAAAAGACCUGGUUCUAGGUAAUUACAGAACCUUGUUAAGAGGAAAAAAAACAACAAAACAAAAUAAAAAAAAAAAAACAAAAACAAAGAACAUUUAGGGUUUAAGUACAAGUCAGUGGAAUAUAUCUGCCCUUUUCAUCCUAGACUUUUUCCACAUGACAAGAUUUCUGAUCAAGUUUUAAAAAGAGAAAGUUAGCGUGAUUGUGUGUUACUAGACAAUCAACCACCACCGCCACCAAUAAGCACGUUUUUCCUGGAAGCCCACUUCCCAUAAGUUUACAUUCACUUAGACGAUUGCCUUAAAGAUCAUCUCUUACCUGUAUGACCAAAUACUUUGAGGCUCCUAUUGGAAAUAACCAGUAUGCCCUUUAGGGAACUGCUCGUGAAUUGUCUCACAAAAGCACAGUUGUAUAUUGACUAAUUUAGUACAAUAUCCACAGAUUAUUUCCAUGUUGAUAUUUUGACAAUAAAUUGUACAGUUGAGA